AUGUUGAUGGUGUGUGGUGCCACGCACGUUCCCCUCAACAAGUGGACGGCCCUUUCUCUUGUGUUUUCCAACAAUAAAGGCUUCUUCACGAAGUCUACGUUGACCGUCUAUCUGAAUAUGGAUCGCGUGUUCGAAGACGAAUUCCGCUACCCCCUUAUUAAGGAAUCACCACUUUUCGCAUUUACUUUCGCAACAAUUAUCCCUCCGCUACAGGACCUACUCCUUUUCCAUUAUGGUGGGUGUCCCCUUUGGAUCGAGGAGACCUGCUACUCCGGUUUAGCUCUGAAGCUUCCCGCUAAGGCUUCAGCCAAGCAAGGAGCACAGACAAAGCCCUCGCUCUGGUCCAGCCUUGGCAUCGGCGGAUCCAGCGGGUCGGGUAAAAAAGUCUCCGAACCACAGCACGUCCUCAUUGGUGAGGAGCGGCCUGUUUGGGGCUCUCUAAGCGCCUUCCGCGGACGUCUCUCCUACGUCGCGGUAUUCAACGAGUCCGUGUCGGAGGCAUUUAUUGACUGGUUGGUCCAGGGUGGUACGUACCGAAACUGCCCUCAUGCAUCGCACCCCAAUUUUUUACGGGAACUUCUUUUUCGUGAGAAUACCUGCACACUAGUGACUGAUCUGAUUCUCCAGACACCCCAGCAGCGUGUUUUAUUUUAUUAUCACGCCAAAGCUGUUACUGACACAGGCAAAGUGUGUCUCGACUUGGCUCUCAGUGGCGUAGGGCAGUCAAAACCACCUGCUGGUUCGGAAAACACCUUCGAAGCCCUUUGUCUACCCGCCCACCUUCAUGGAACCGUGCGACUUUCUUCAACCACACUAGUCGAUUCCAUUUACAGGCUGGGCGGAAUACAGUUUCUGCUUCCACUGUUCGAAAUCAUCGGACAGUGUCCGCCUGACUCUACGACAAACACGAACACUACCCGAAGUCUGACUGAUCUUGUCGCGGCAGUAACGGAAUUUCGUGAGGCUUUGAGUAACGGCGAGAACCGAAGUGUUCAGUCCUCGGACCAGACGUCGUCGUCUGCGCUCCCAGUGACUCCAAAUACUGGCGCCUUGAUGGACGAGACACCUCAGGAGACGGUUCUAAAUGUGUCCAUUGAGGUGUUGCAGUUGGCAGCAACGCUCCUGACAACCCCGACCCCGUUGACCUCUCCCAAUUUGCCGGUUACCGGUCGUUCUACUAGCCGUGUGUCGAUCCUUUUUAACUUUCUGAAGACGGUCCUCCAAGCGGACACCAGGAUUGACCCACUUCAAUUAAACAUCAACUCAGUAAUAAGUUUCCACAGCAUGAUGGACAUGUGCGCGGCAUCUGUGCUUUCUGAUUUGGAUAAUCGUGUCGAGGCAGCCGGUGAAUUCGUUACCGUGAUUCAACACGAACAAGACAAGCAGGUCGCUCAAAAGACCUUCCGCGUGCGCUGGUCCUUCUUUGUGCAGCAGCUCUUUGCGGACUGGUCGCUUUGGUCGAAGAGUUCUCCCGUCGCGGCCCUCCAGCACGUGCGACACCUCCUCAAAAAGGUCAAGGUCAAUCGAUCCAUUUACCGGCGGCAUCUGCCCAUCUCAGAUAUUUUAACUGCGGCUGGAUUCUACUUUGCGUGGGUUUUCAUUUUCCUGCAGUGUGGAAGUAGCUUAAAUAACCGAGCACAUGUCUGGCCAAAGAAAGCGAUUUGUGAUGAAUUUAAGUCAAUCCUGCCUUUGCUGCCACCAGAAACUAAGGAGUCCGCUGAAUUGUCGCUUUUGGAGGCCACUAAUGUUCUAAUGAAAUACGUUCGUCAGUCUCUCUAUUCCAUCAUUCGCGUCCUUUACACAAAAUCCGCAACGUUCACCGAUAUGAAGACUCUCUUCUCGUUUCUUGAGUCAUCCGCUCAUCCCGAUGUGGUGAGUGAACAUCUGAUAGUUGCCCUCUGCCUUUUCUUUUGGCGUUUUGAAUCCACAGGUUGGACGUGGUCAUUAAAUUCUAUAAUAUCAGAAGUGAUCGUUUUGAUUGCCCACAUGCUUCAAAGUGUGACCCCCGGUGACCAAUUCCUCCUGCUUGCCUAUGAAUCGGACAUGGUGGAAAAAAUAUACUCUGUUAUUCUCGCCCCCAACGAGAAGAUGCACGGCACAGCGAAGGAAAAAGCCCUCAGAUUAAUCUUCCAGCUUGUCUCUUCAGACAAAGUUCCAGACAAGUAUAAAUCGUGCCUCUUCCUCAAGCAAAAUGGUGGUUUUCAGGGCUUUUUUGCCCAAACUGACUUACUACGUGAAUUGGCCUAUAAGUCGGAUACGUGCUCGCUGCUUCACGAUUUGAUCAAUCGGGUAUAUCGAAAGGACUACCCCGGCCUCUUACAGUACUUGUCUCUACUUCGAAUGAGUCGCCUUCGUCAUCGUAUAGCUGCAGUCUCUCUUCUGUUGGACUUGUUGGAAGAUGAGAAAUCUGCUCAAAUUAAGGACAUUCAGGCACAACCGGCGUUUUAUGAGUCACUAAUUGAUCUCCUCUUGAAGUCCAAGAAAUUGGAUACUCGAGCGAGUUUGAGUCCUGAAGAUAACGAGAUGGAGGACAUUUUUGAGGACGAUGACAUGCGUCCUCCAAACCUGCCUGGAAAGGGAGGUAGACGCAGGUCUUCUCUGCGACUAAUCGUUCCAAAGCGCACGAGAAAUGCUCUCUCUUCAAGUUCCUUUAUCGCAUCUCUUUCUGCAGAAAUGCCUCUCAGUCAGAAUGGCGAUAUUCAACUUUCGCAGGGUGCAUUGACCAAGUUGUCCCUUAAUAACAGCGCUUCGAAUCCCACUGAUCCAUUGCUCCGUCUGGAACUCACAGAGGAGGAGGAAACGGAAGGUCAAGUUCUGGAGGAAACAUUGGCGGAGUUGGUUGUCAAGGCAAUGCAUCUUCUCCUCUGGCCUGGCUCUGCGCUUGUGCUUGGCAUCUCCCCCAACUCCGAUCAAAUCAAUGACGCGUUAUCGAAAUACUACCAAGUCUUUGUUAGCCUUUCUGAUGCCUCCGCUCUGUACAACUUCAUUAAACCGUGCUUCUGGAUAAUCCAACGUGUUCUAGAGGAAUUCAUUCGGUCAACAAAUCGUGGCAUUCAGAAUGCAGUACUAAAUGCACAAGCGCCACGCUCCUUCAGUGGUCUGAUGCCCUUCAUCCGGAUGAUCGUCGACGAAACUUGCAAUAGAGCAGGUUCCAAUGAUUCUGACUUCCGUGCAGAGGUGAGUCGUGGAACGCACCUUAGCGCACUUUGCAAUCCACUUUGUAAGCGGUAUGAAUCGUUUGAGGACCCGAGCGGUGUGAUUUCCAAGUUCCAUUAUGGAACACACUACUCGAGCGCGGCGGGGGUCAUGCACUACCUCGUUCGGACAGAACCCUUCACUAGCCUCCACAUCCAAUUGCAAGGUCAACGAUUCGACGUGGCGGAUCGGCAGUUCAAAUCGAUCCCCGCUACUUGGGCUUUGAUAAUGGCUAGUCCCUAUGAUAACCGUGAAUUAAUUCCAGAAUUCUUCUACUUUCCCGACUUUUUGCGAAACGAUAAUAACUUUGAUCUGGGGCGUUUACAACUUGACGGAAAAAAGGUGGGCGAUGUGGAACUUCCUCCGUGGGCUUCAACACCGGAGGAAUUCAUUCGGAUUCAUCGUGGAGCCCUCGAGUCUGACUACGUUUCUGCCAAUCUCCACAAGUGGAUCGACCUUAUUUUUGGGUACAAGCAGCGCGGUAAAGCUGCUGAGAAUGCACUGAAUUUUUAUUACUAUCUGACUUAUGAAGGGGCCGUCGAUUUGAAUGACGUCACCGAUCCAGUCGAACGGGCUUCCAUCGAGGGAAUGAUCAAACACUUUGGCCAAACGCCCUGCCAACUCCUCAAAACCUGCUCACAGUUCGGCACACGACCUUUGAACUUUCUUUCUACACCCCCACAGGUUCCCCACAUACCGCGCAUCAGUUACUCCGAUUGGGUCUACAAGAUGCUCAUCCAACGACAUCUGCCUCUCCUUAACGCGGCGAUAAUCUACAUGAAGACAAAUGUGGAGUCCUCUUCCCGAGAUACCUCGCCUGAACGCGACGACGGCAAGGGGCAGGAACGGAAAUUGUCUGUUCGUCUGGCUCGUCAUCGUACACGAUCAACCAUGAUUCAUGACAAGGCGGAGCCUCCUAUCGAAUUGAGUCAGCACACAAUUGAAGUAUAUUUUUCGUACAAACCCGCCCCCAAACGCCGUGGGCUGAUGCAUCCCCCGGCUUUCAGUGCCUUGAUUCCGUACCAGCUAGUUCAGCUGCCGGAUUUACGGAUAGCCACUCCGUCGAAUUGCACAGGCCUCGCGCCUGGUCAGAGGCGCGAGCCUUCCUCCGACGAUCUUCUGUCUGACGUCUCCGGGCGAUCUCGUUUUGUCAGUGGAUUGAAAUCAAUGCUGCCCAAUUCCCCGGUGACCGGCAGCAUCGGAGUUUCGCGUAUUCUUCAAGCCUGUGUCCCCACUUUAUUUUCAGUUGGAAGUGCUUCCUCGAAUGCCGUUGCAAACAGCAACCAUCUUGUCUGCCAGUUUGUAACGGUGGAUGCGGCCGGAUGGGUUAACCACCAUCUGCUCACUCCGCUGGCUCAUGGCGAGCCAGGUGCUUUUUCGGAAAGCGAGCUCCAACAGCAAAUGAGCGUCCACAAACACAAUUCACUUUGGAACAGUGGUGACGAUGGCGUUCCUGCGCACCCCCGUCAUCACACCACCGAGCCGGAAGCAAUUAGUCCUGCUCACAUUGACUGCGAGUCUAUGCGAUUUUCACCUUCCAGUCCUUGCGCUAUGUCCACAAAUGGCUGCCAUCUUUACGCCGCUGGACGCUGGGACAACCGAAUCGCCGUCUACAGUACACAGACGGGACGCCUGGACACCCUUGUGACGACGCCUCACACGGACGUCGUCACCGCUCUCGCUGUCGAUCCAGGCUGUUUUCGAAAAUCAGCCCAGCAUGGCUCAGCCUCGCAGUACCUCAUAUCAGGCAGCCGUGACGGAACAGUGUGCGUCUGGAACUUCACCACCUUCUCUGGCAGAAUGAUCAAACAGGUCCGGGCUGAUCAAACUUUCAUCGAGGACUUCGAAGCAACAAAGAACGUUGUAAUGGGUAGUGGCAAGACCACCUCGCAUUCGGCGAGUGCUGGCGGCAGAGCAAAUAACCCGGAAAACUACCCUCCAGCCAUGCAGGAGGAGGUAGAGGCAUGUAUUAGUGCUGGAAUGCCCUUUGACGACAGUGUCCUUAACUUUGGCUGUGGGUGUAGGGUAAGUGAGGUUAACGGGGCUUCCGGACGAAAGACUUCAAUCACAAGCAGCAGUUUUAUGCUUGCCCCUCCAGUGGAAAUAGCCAAGGUAAUGCGGCUCUUUCCUGCAAACGAAAGCGGCAGUCCAAUCAACAAUGUAGCCCUUUAUCUCGCUCUAGACGUAGCCCUAUGCACCUCCCAUAACUCCAACGUUGUUCGAAUUUAUGCAGUAAAGAGGGGUGUGUGGUCUCGUCAGGUAACACUUCCCGAAGCGGCCAAUAUCGAUCACCUCCUAAUCCACGCUUCCUCUAUUUCGUUCAUCGUUCAAUGGACAACAGAUUCUAGUAAGGGCCGACAGCCGCGUCUGACGCGGUUCAACUUGAACGGGAGACUGGUUGCCGAAGCACCUGUAUUUCCAGACCCUACUUUGGCUCUCUCUUCACGACCCUCAAAUACACGCGUGACACGAAUGCUCAUCGCGAUGUUGUCACCUUCGGCAAACGCGAGGACUGUAGUCAAUCACAUACUGCUUUUGGCGACGUCUUCGGGUCACCUGGUGAUGCGAGAAGCCGAGUCGUUGGCCCAGCUACGCAUAUUCUCGAUUGGGACGCCUAUUACAUACAUGAGCUUGACCCCCGCGACCCACGCGGGGUCGAUAAAUCUGGUCCUCGUUUUGGCCAAUGGGACGUUCGUUAUCGCCUACCCAGGCCUAACCGCUCCGCUAACAACCCUCACUUCGGUCGCGGCAGCGGCAAACCACUAG